AUUCAUCUGGAGAAACGAGACCACUUUGACCGAAAUGUACGAUCAUCGUUCAUGAACAUCCUGCGUGAAUCGAUUUCAAGCACUUCGUCUACCUUGACCGAGCGCUUCCGCGUAAACCAUGAGGUUUUCGAACCGUCUCCUGAAGUUUUGCAGUCGUUUACGGCGUAUAUGAAGGAAAAGAUUCGCUGUCGGCUACGUGUGGAUUGUGAUUACGAGAAAAAGAAGUUUCCGCAUUCCGAGUCGGUCUUCAAACCGUGA